UCAACAACAAAAUGGCAAGUUCUGCCUCUCUGGGGACGGUGAUGUCCUGCGGUAGGACCGGACCGUCCGCGGCUCCUAAGACCCUGGCUUUCUCCAUAGACCGGAUCAUGUCCAAGAGCUCGGAGCCGAAGGAGACCGUGGACGAGCGGUCAGAGGGGAAGAAGCUGCUGGGGCUCUGCUCCCCGAUCCCCUGCAUGAUUCCGCUGCAGCCCUUCAGCUACGACCUCCAAGCCAAGGCGCUGAUGAACUACUCGGAGUUGUGGAGAGCCAGUUUCAGGGGGACUUUUUGUGGUUCCGCAACCGCUCCCUGCAAAGGGAACUGUGCCGUGUGCGGCAAAGCGGAGCCGGGCUUGAAGCAGCCGCUGCUGACAUCGGGGAGCAGGGUGGUGAAACCACAGGUCAUCCACCAGGCCGUGGCCGUGCCCAGCGGCGGCUCGCUCUACUAUCUCAACUACCUGGACUCUGCGUACCAGCAGUCGGAGCUGCUGGCCGGACACUGGUUCUCGAGCCCGCAGGCCCAGGCCUCUCUGUCGGCGCACCACAGACUUUUGCUGCUGGAGAACGCCAAGCUGGCCGGGGUCGGGGCCGACAAGCUACCCACACCUCAGUACCCGCACAAGGAACAUCUGCCAGGGCAACUGGACCAGAUAGUGAAAGAGAACAGCGGCCUGAGCGCCGAGAAGAACGGCAUCAAGACGCACAGCAAACUCAGCAGCAGCGGCAGCAGCGCUGCUGACGGAAAACCCAAAAACUUCACAUGUGAAGUGUGUGGAAAGGUUUUUAACGCGCAUUAUAAUCUGACCAGACACAUGCCGGUGCACACCGGGGCCCGGCCCUUCGUUUGUAAAGUGUGCGGGAAAGGAUUCCGGCAGGCCAGCACGCUGUGCAGGCACAAGAUCAUCCACACACAGGAAAAGCCUCAUAAAUGCAACCAGUGUGGGAAGGCGUUUAACAGAAGCUCGACGCUCAACACUCACGUACGGAUUCACGCAGGAUACAAACCUUUCGUCUGUGAGUUCUGCGGGAAAGGUUUCCACCAGAAAGGAAACUACAAGAACCACAAGCUGACUCACAGCGGAGAGAAGCAGUACAAGUGCUCCAUCUGCAACAAAGCCUUCCAUCAGAUCUACAACCUGACCUUCCACAUGCACACGCACAACGACAAGAAGCCGUUCACCUGCGCCACCUGCGGCAAGGGCUUCUGCCGCAACUUUGACCUGAAGAAACACAUCAGGAAGCUGCACGACAAUGUCUUCUCGGCGGCCACAGAGGCCUCCAGAGAGCUGCAGAGCUGAGGCAUACUGCUAAUUCCCCCAUUGUAAUAUUCCACCUCGGACUGUUAGGCCUCAGAAAAGACUGGCUUAUGUCCUGCAUUUGUUGCCACAUUGAACAGUUUUUGAAGUCCAGAGAGAAGGUGCAGUCCAAUAAAACUUGACACGAUCCCUUGAAAAGAACUGUGCAAUCCUAUAAGUGUUAGGAUCCUGCCCAAAUGUCCCAGCAA